UUCGUGAUUGCAACUCAUUAAGUUCCUUAAUAGAUGUGCCAAGAGUACUACUCUUCCCUGUAAAUCAAGAAAUAGAGGUCCAAACAAGAACAAGUUUGUCGGGGUGAGGCAAAGGCCAUCGGGCAAAUGGGUCGCAGAAAUCAAGAACACAACUCAGAAGAUCAGAAUGUGGCUCGGGACAUUCGACACUGCUGAAGAGGCUGCUCAGGCUUAUGAUGAAGCUGCUUACCUUCUUCGUGGUGCAAAUACGCGAACCAAUUUCUUGAAUAACGCCCCCUCCAAUCCAGCCCUUUCCUUGAAAAUCCGGAAUCUCCUUAAUCAAAAGAGGGGCCUAAAUAAAACCACUACUCCUAUUCUUGCUUCCACAAAUACUACUCCUAGAAAAAAUACUAAGCUUGAAACGUGUCCAAAAAAUGUUUCUUGUACCAAAACUCUUUCUCCUAGUAGUUCUCGAUAUAGUACUAGUGUGAGUUCUCAAACUAGUUCUCCAGUUUGUCUGUCCAAUCCAGUCAGUUUUGAGGAUACGUAUAAGCCGGAUUUGAGCUGUUUCACUGGAGGAUAUGAAAUUCAAGAUCAAUGUUCUUCCUUUUUGAUGAAUUUUGACAAGAUUUAUCCAUUUCAACAAGAUGGUUUUGAGGCACAAAAAAGAGUUGGCGAGACGGAGCACUUUCCUGAUUUUGAACGUAUGAAGGUCGAAAGACAGAUUUCAGCUUCGCUUUACGCAAUGAAUGGGAUUAGUGAAUACUGGGAUAACAUCCAUGAUUCAAAUGAUCCUUUGUGGGAUAUUUCCAUGCUGCCAAAUGUACCGUACUCGGAUUAAUUUCUUGUGAUCUGAUCAUGUUUUUGACAGAUUGUAGGACCGGGGAAGUUUGUAUCCCACUACUUUAGUUUCUGCAUCGAAUUAUCAAGAAUCAUUUGGGAAAAAAAAAAAAACACUCGCAUUUUCUAAAGCAUGUGUGCGAAAAUCUUGCU